AUGGAGGUGUCCAGUGACAGGCUGUUUUGCUGCAGGUGGGUGCGCCACAGGGUUCCCCUGGCCCACAGGGACGAGCUGUACCACAUCCUGAGAAUGACAGGGCCACUGCUGCUCUCUCGAAUCCUCAAUUACCUGCUUCCAUUCGUCGUUACAAUGUUCUGUGGCCGUCUGGGAAAUGAAGUGAUGGCUGGUUACGGAUUAGCUUCUGCUACCAUAAAUAUUACCACUGCAGCAACAGGAUGUGGUCUGGGACUGGCAUGUGAUACACUGGUGUCUCAGACAUUUGGAGGUAGAAACCUGCUGCGAGUUGGAGUGAUCCUUCAGCGGGGAAUCAUCAUCCUGCUGUUGUUCUGUCUGCCCUGCUGGGGUCUGCUCAUUAAUGCAGAGGCCAUCCUGUUAUGCAUGGGCCAGGACCCUAAGGUGGCCAGAAUAGCCCAGUUGUAUAUCACAGCCUUUCUUCCUGCAGUUCCAGCAAUGUUUCUCCAUCAGCUGCAGGUGUCAUAUCUGCAGAACCAGGAUAUAAUACUGCCUCAAAUGUACACUGCUGCCAUGGCAAAUGUAGCAAAUGUGGUGACGAACUACAUCUUUCUUUACUGGUUGGAUAUGGGGGUUAGUGGAUCUGCAGCAGCGAACACCCUGACUCAAAUUUACAUUUGUAUUUUUCUGUUUGCUUAUAUUUGGUGGAAGAAGCUCCAUGUCAUAACAUGGGGAGGCUGGUCUGUAGAAUCGCUGCAGGAGUGGGGAUCCUACAUGAAACUAGCCAUUCCCAGUACUUUAAUGACAUGUUUUGAGUGGUGGGUUUAUGAGUUUGGGGGUUUCUUUGCAGGAAUGCUGAGUGAAGAUGAGCUGGCAGCCCAACAUGCUGUGAUAAUGGUGGCAUUUAUAACCUACAUGUUCCCUCUUGGUAUUCAAGCUGCAGCAUGUGCUCGUGUGGGUAACGCUCUCGGUGCAGGAGACACUGAGAGGGCGAUCCUCAGCAGCAAAGUCUCCCUCACACUUGCAGGUACCUUUGCCAUAGUUGAGGGUGUUGUGCUCGGCUCGUGUAAAACAGUGAUUGGCUACCUUUUUACAUCUGAUGAGAAUAUUGUAGAUCUGGUGUCUCACUUGAUGAAUGCUUACUGUUUCCUUCAGUUCUUUGAUGGCCUUGUGUGUGUAUGCACAGGCAUCUUCUUGGGUACAGGCAAACAGAAGAUACCAGCUGUGGCUAAUCUGAUUGGAUACUAUGGCAUAGGACUCUCUCUAAGUGUCACUUUAACAUUUGUGGCAAAACUAAGAGUUUUAGGUUUUUGGCUGGGACUGCUCAUUUGUGUCAUUCUGCAGUCCACCUUCUACAUCAUUAUCAUCUUCAAGCUCAAUUGGAAAAGAAUGACUGAGGAGGCUGUGAGACGAGCCCAGAAGAAGGCACACAUGACAUUAUUAAAUGCAUCUCCCCUGUCAUAUACAUCUGGACAUACAUCAGUAGAUGGCUACGUAUCUGUGAGUACAGCAUGGCAUGAUGGGAACAUGGAGACACAGGGUGCUCAUGUGGUCCAGCAGGUGAAGGCUGGUCGUCUCUCCGCCACUCAGCUGAUCCUGAGACGAGGCCUCACUGUGCUUGGCGCUGUCGGCCUUCUUGCUCUGGGUGUUGGUGUCCACUUCCUCGUGCCCUUACCGGAGAUUCCUUUAAAGGCCAACGACACUUUAGACUCAAUCCAUACUACAUAUUCCCCUAAUCUUACAACUGUGCCGAUUCUAAUACAAAAAUAAGUUUAAGUGAUUUGCUCAUGAAUGUUGUUGUCAUGAUUGUUUGUGCUCAUUGUCAUUAAAGCAUGA